AUGUCACAGCGAUCGUGGAGAGAGGAGGAAGAGGAGGAGGAGGAUGCUCCCCUUGUUCGCAUUCUGCAGCCUGCUGUGAAAGCAAAACAAGAGGAGCGAGAAGCGCCGACUCCUAUUCCCCGCCCACCUGAUCUCAAGCAGCAGGACAAACAGGACAAGCAGCAGAAGUCGCAGGACUUGCUGCGACAACGAAAACCCAAGGGGGAGGUAGACAACGUGAACAAGGAGAAGAAGGAGAAGAAGGAGAAGAAGGAGAAGGGGGGGGAUAACUCUGGAGACAAGAGGAGUGGAAGGAGCUCUCCGAGCUCCAACCUCAUCGCAUUUCUUCUUCGUCACUCGAGGCUGCUAGCAGGAGGGGCUUGUCUCCUCCUCCUCGUCUACUUCCGCAUCCUCUCCGAGGGCGUCAACUUCACCAACGACUAUCGGGAUCGCGAGGAUCCCUUCAAGACGCUGGGAGUCUCUUCCUCGGCCUCCGACGCCGAGAUCAAGCGAGUCUACCGCAAGCUCUCGCUCGAGUUGCAUCCGGACAAGAACCCCGACCAGUCCAAGGAAGACGUCGAGCGCUUCCAGCACAUCACGCAUGCGUACAAGAUCCUGUCUGACCCCGAGAAGAAGCGCCGGUGGCUCAACAACGAGAACCCGGACUACCACGGGCUGCCCUCCGACACUGAGACCAUCACCGACAAGACAGCCUCCUCCCUCCUCGACCCUGCUGGCCCCCCCUGGCUCCUCCUCGCGUAUGCCGACUGGAGCGACGAGUGCUGGGAGCUAGCUGAGACAUGGGAGAAGGUGGGGAAGGAGGCGAGUGCGUUCGUGCGAGUGGGGAGAUUCAACUGGGAGAAGGAGAGAAACCUGGCGAAGAAGUUCAGCUGCUACUCAGUGCCGAUGAUCUACGCAUAUGUCAAAGGAGUUCGAUCCACCUUCUACGGGAGCCCCACGCCUGCCAACAUAUCAGUCUUCCUCACAAGGGCCCUGGAGCCUGCGGUCUCCGUCAUCUCUGAUGUCAAUGCCGGGGGUUUCUUAGAGGACAGGAACGACAAAGUUAAAGCGCUGCUCUUCGCGCCUGUCGGAAUGAUCAAGUUGCGGUUGGCCUUCCGCUCCUUCGCCUUUCGCUUCCAACACUCGAUGGACUUCGCUGAAGUCGCUCCUCGUGGUUCAGAGAAGCUUCGUAAACUACUCGGUGUAGAGAACGGGACGACGAUCGUGGUGAUGAGGGAGGAAGGCUCGAGGCCGCUGGUGUACUCAAGGAGGAUGACUUACGAGAAGCUACAGCAGAUCUUCUCGCACUUUCAGUAUGCUGAAAUUCCUCGCCUGACAAGUUUUAACCACCGCGAUCUCUGUGGUGACGGUGAGGGCGAGGGGAUGGGGAUAGUGGAGGGAGAAGGUGAUGGGACGAGGAGCAGUCGCUUCCUCCUCACAUCAUUCCGACUCUGCGUAACGCAAGUCAAGAGACCCUGGAAGUCGACCUCCACUCAGGCGUGUCCUCUCAACUCACAACCUUCGCCUGGGUAG